CUUUUAUCACGGCUAAAUUUCCUAAAGUCAUUAUUAUUGGUAUAAAAAGAUGUCUCUUUCCAGCAAAGAAGUUGUUCAGUUAGAGGACACUUAUGGUGCUCACAACUAUCAUCCUCUUCCAGUCGUUUUUUCAGAGGCCCAUGGUAUCUGGGUAAAGGACCCUGAAGGUCGCAAAUACAUGGACUUUUUAUCAGCUUACUCUGCUGUGAAUCAAGGCCACUGUCACCCCAAAAUUGUCAAAGCUCUUUGCGAUCAAGCAUCCAAACUCACCUUAUCCUCACGCGCCUUUUACAACGAUGUCUAUGGUACCUACACCAAAUACAUGCAUGAGUACUUUGGUUACGACAUGGUGCUUCCUAUGAACACGGGCGCUGAAGCAGUUGAGACAGCUAUCAAAUUGGCGCGUAAAUGGGGUUAUGAGAAAAAGCGAAUCCCAGCAAAUCAAGCCAUUGUUUUGAGCUGUGAGAACAAUUUCCACGGUCGUACAACAGGUGUCAUUUCAAUGAGCACUGACCCUGAAUCUUACGGUGGAUUUGGUCCGUAUUUACCCUUGGUGGGUCCUCAGAUUCCUGAAACAAACACAUUGAUUCGCUACAAUAACCUUGAGGAUUUGGAAAAAGUCUUGAACCAAGUGGGCGAUCGUGUCGCUGGUUUUUUGGUUGAGCCUAUUCAAGGUGAAGCUGGUAUUAUGGUGCCGGAUAAGGGUUAUUUAAAAAAGGCUUAUGAGUUGUGUAAGAAACACAAUGUCAUUUUCAUCGCUGAUGAAAUUCAAACGGGCCUUGGCCGUACCGGUAGAAUGCUUUGUUCUGACCAUGAUGGUGUUCGUCCUGAUGUUGUUCUUCUGGGUAAAGCGCUUUCAGGCGGUGUCUAUCCAGUAUCCGCAGUAUUAGCCGAUCGUGAUAUCAUGUUAUGCAUCAAGCCAGGAGAACAUGGCUCUACUUAUGGCGGAAAUCCCUUAGCUUGUGCCGUAGCCAUGACCGCUUUAGAUGUCAUUAGAGAAGAGAAUCUGGUUGAAAAUGCAGAGAGAUUGGGUCACAUAUUCAGAAAAGAACUGGAAGCCUUGAAUUCGCCCAUCAUCCAAACUGUACGUGGAAGAGGCUUACUGAAUGCCAUUGUCAUUGAUAAAUCGAAAUCAGAUAAAUCCGCUUGGGAUCUUUGCUUACUGUUGAAGGCUCGUGGUUUGUUGGCCAAACCUACUCAUGAAAAUAUCAUCCGUUUAGCUCCACCACUUUGUAUAACAUUGGAAGAAUUGAUGAAAGGCGUUCAAAUCAUUAAGGAUGCCAUUCAGGAGUUUAUGACCAUGAGGAAGGAAGAUAUUCCUAACGAACUUGGUGUUUAAAAUAAAAAAGAAAAGAAAAAAAAUAUACCUAACGGAACCAAACCAAAUGCACGCACACACUAUGUAGACUCAUACUACCUCUAUAACAAGAAUGAUCUCAAACGUAUUCUAUUAUAUACAAGUCUUUACCAUCUAUUUGCAUAAACAAUAACUAUUUGCUUCUUUUGUAUCUUCCGGCCCCCUUUCUUUUUUUUUUUUUUUUU